AUGCCACCAACAUUAACCUUCUCGGACAUUCAUUCCUUGAAAAGGAACGAGGCAAUAGAAAUUCUUACCCAGAUAUCGCGUAUCGAGAAGAAGACAUUCCCCACCAAUGAGGCAUUCGCCUUUGGAGAAGAAUUGUGGAGAAAGAAGCCCAACACGCGAGUACUAUACGCGACUCAAACCAGGGAGGGCAGUAAACCAGAGCUUAUCGCCUAUGGAGUGUAUGUGCGCCAGAAGGGCGUUGCUCUCCUACACAAGGUCUGCGUGAUAGAAGCCUGUCGACGACAGGGUGUUGGGCAGCAACUUAUGUCCUACAUUCAAGAGCGCCUGCGAAAGGAGGGCUGCCACUACAUUCAACUGUGGGUAGACAAGGCCAGGGAACCUGCCCGGGCAUUAUAUCAGCGUGGUGGAUUCAAGGAGCAAGAGGAGAUCCCUGACUACUAUGCCCCUGGUCGGACGGGGAUUCGAAUGAUCCUAGACUUGGAACGUGAUGGGUGA